CUCUCUCUCCAUAUACAGUUUAUAAAUGCCAAUCGGACAUGUCAAAUAUAACCCCCAAUCAUACCCCAAAAGCAAAAGACCCAACACCCAACAUAAACUAUCCUCUUUCUCAAAAGUCACGACGGAGUAAAAUAAUUCUCUCUCCUCUCUCUAGACAUAUACUAUUAAUAUUUCUCCUGGGUGGCCGGAAAAUUGUUAUUUACCAUCAGACAUGACGGACAGCCGCAACGCCGGGUGUUGCCGGUGCUGUUGCAGCUUCGUAUUGACUUCGGGGCUGACUGCUCUGUUCAUGUGGCUGAGUCUGCGUACCACACACCCCACCUGCUCUAUCCAAGACUUUUACCUUCCUGCCCUCCAAAACACAACACCAAAUUACAACAGUACCAACAGCACCAACACCACCAUCUACUUCGAUCUCAAGCUGGACAACAAGAACAAGGACAAGGGAAUUCACUAUGAUGCCCUCAACCUCACCAUCUAUUACGGCGAAAACCAGUCCCACCCAGUUGCCAACAAAACUAUUCCUGGGUUUUACCAGGGCCACAAGAAGAAAGCUCACCGGAAAGAGUCGGUGAAUACUUAUGGGGUGCCGUGGGCGGCCAUUUCUUCCAACGGCACGGCGUUUUUCAGGGUGGAUUUGAGCACCAAGGUCAGGUUCAAGAUCAUGUUUUGGAAUACCAAGAGGGACAAGAUCAUCGUUUGGGCUCCAGUCGAGGUCAACGCCACCGGUCACAAAGUCUACAAGAAGGGCAUUAAACUCAAGUCCGGCGCACCAGAUCUUGACUGCUAUCGUGCGCGGGUUGUGCUACUGUUGGCUGUUGUUAGUGUCUUAUUUUUGACAAUUUAAUUUCAUUUUCUAAAUCUAUGAAUGUGCAAUUAAUUUUUUUUUGUUUGUUUGUUCUUCCAUUUAUCAUUGAGAAUUCUAAUUUCCUUUUUAAUGAUGUUACAUAUGAAACUUGUAAUUUGUAUUUUUUUUUUUCCCCUUCUUAUGAAGGAAUGUAAAAGUAGUAGUAUUCUCAUUUGAUCUGAAUUUUAUGUUGGAGUGACAAUUCUAAAUAUAA